UGCAGAAGCGGGCGAGCUCGCCGAGCGGUAUCGAUUUUACGAUCGUGUGUCGUGUCCGGCGGUUACGUGCGUACGCGUAGACCGUGCGUCAAUCGAGGGACGGGUUUUUUUUUCUAGUGGGCCGCCGCGAGCACCGUGCCGUGCACGGCCGCAGGUCCGUGAAUGGGAUUACGUGUCGCCAGCAAGAGGCCCCGCUGACCGCUGACACCAGUCGCUGAAACCGCUGCCGCCGUCGCUCCUUCACCAUGACCAAGGAUAGAUUAGCAGCCCUCGUCGCGGCCCAGUCGGACGAUGACGACGUGGCGGACGAGGUGGCCGUUCCCGUGGGAGGGACCGAUGAUUUCAUGACGGAGUUCUUUGCGGAGGUGGAGGAGAUUCGGGAAAUGAUAGACAAGAUCCAGACUAACGUGGAGGAGGUGAAGAAGAAGCACAGCGCGAUCCUCUCGGCGCCGCAGACAGAUGAAAAGGUCAAACUGGAACUCGAGGAGCUGAUGGCCGACAUCAAGAAAACUGCUAACAAAGUCCGGGCCAAGUUAAAGGUGAUAGAGCAGAACAUCGAGACGGAAGAACACACGAACAAGUCCUCGGCGGACUUGAGGAUACGCAAGACUCAGCACUCCACCUUGUCGAGGAAAUUCGUCGAGGUCAUGACCGAGUACAAUCGCACGCAAACUGAUUACAGGGAGCGGUGUAAGGGGAGGAUACAACGACAGCUCGAGAUCACGGGUAGAACGACGACCAAUGAGGAGCUCGAGAAUAUGCUCGAACAGGGAAAUCCGGCCGUCUUCACGCAGGGGAUCAUCAUGGAAACGCAACAAGCAAAACAGACCCUGGCGGACAUCGAGGCUCGCCACGCCGACAUCAUCAAGCUGGAGAACUCGAUCAGGGAACUCCACGACAUGUUCAUGGACAUGGCGAUGCUGGUGGAGAGUCAGGGGGAAUUGGUGGACCGCAUUGAGUACUGCGUCACGCAAACCGGCGACCACGUCGACCAGGCACGGGGAGAGCUGAUCAAGGCCGAGGGGUACCAGGUCAAGGCCCGCAAGAAGAAGAUCAUGAUCAUGAUCUGCCUGGCUGUACUCGCGGUCAUCGUGGCGACCACCAUCGGCGGGUACUUCGGGCUGUGAACACCCGAGGGGGCUGAGGGACGUGGCAAGCGAGCAAGGAGGUCACGGCUGUACCGCGUCUAUCUCGAAUCGCCGUACAACCGUACCACGGAUAUCGCUCUCAGAAGAAGGAGGAAGAAGCCGCCCCCAAGAUGGCGGCCCCGGUUGCUGUGCGUGCUCAGGGACGCCCGAAGGCAGAAGAAGAACGGAAGAACCCGCUGCGCUCGCGUUCUAUCUAUAUCUGUCAUCGUUUCUCAUCCAUUGUCGGGGUCUCCGUCGGUCGUCACGGCGGCGUCUUUUCUAGCCACCGUAGCCCGUAGUUCCGUAGUCUAGGACUUAGCGCGAUUACGUUAUCCGGCGCCAUUUUGUAUCUUAAGUGGGCCCGCGGCCGGCCCGGCCGGCGUUUGAAUUUCGCGCCUAACGUCGGCGGCGGGCCGACCGACGCCAUUAUUCGCCGCACAGGCGACGAUCGCUCGCGGGUUUUCGCGGAUACUUUGCUCGAUAUCCGCGGAUACCCGCGAAAGGGACGUGGGAAAUAGUCGGGUGCGCCGAACUCGGGAACGGGGGACGCGCGGAAGAGGGACCCGGGAUGGCGCGUGUUGUACGUUCUCCAAGAUGGCGGCCACUCCGGCUCCACGAAGAACGCGGGCAGGGGACAGGAGCUUCGCUCUGGGACUUUCGUUGGGGACGGGAAAAGGCAUCGAGGACUAACGAGAGGACGGUCUUUACGCAGCGGCAGCCUGUUUCGUUAGACCUUGACAUUCUAACGACUCUAACGAGCCCCUUUUCCAUUAAUAGAAUGGCGCCUCUCCGGCCUCGUCCGAAAAUACGCCCGUGGGAAGUACCGUCUACCGUGAACACCGACGCCAAGGAGACGUACAAUAUGGCGGGGGUCAUGCAGAAAGUACGAGGAGCGGGCGAUUCGCCAUCCUUGGGUCGCGGGAUCGGACCUGGGGAGGGAAAUGUGGGGGGAAAAAAAAUACUAGGAAAAAGUGUUCGAAACCGACCAGCGCGUUCGGUUAGGCCUCGCGGUCGACGCUCGUUAUCCAAGAUGGCGCGAUCUCGGGGAGGCCGCAGUUAGGCGAAUCUUGCAGCAGCAAUAAUACGACAUAGGUGUUAUACCGAGUAGAGUUAAUGCAGAGGAAGUCGGGGGAGAAGGCGGAAGGAGGCUUCGAGGUCCCCGGCCAAGAUGGCCGCCCUGCGGGCGGGAAUUUCGAAGCUAGGUCGCGGCCGCGAGAGGGAGCUACUAACGAUUAACGGCUUGCCGUUAAUCCGGGCCGGUCUGCCGAGGGAACGACGCGAUGUUGACGAUGUUUUGUUGAGUAUAUUAUACGAACGUUGAGGUAUAACGAUAUUCAGAUGAUUAUGGGUUACCUGUUUAAGACUAUUAUGGAUAUAUCCGAGGGAAGGGCGGGCGCGCUCGCGCGUCCGCAGCUCGCUGAUUAUAUGAUUAACAAUUACCGAGACGAUUACUUAAGGUCGCCGUGCGUUGUACAGAAAGUGUAAUUCUUAGCCCUAGGUAGCCACCGUUAAUAUAUCUACUAACUAAUACCCUGGAGUUUGAUUAAGGGCUGAUAUGUUGACGUGCAUUUCCCACCGCGACUCGUAGGGCGGUCGGCGUAGGCACUCGCGAUAUUAAUUAAAUAUAAUCCGGCUAAGGUUCGACGCGUCUCAAUUACGGGGGAGAUCGAGGAUCCGUGGGAGGAAAGAUGAUAAGAAAGUGAUACAAUGGCGGCCGUUUUCGCGGAAUUACGUAUGUCGGCCUCGAGCCGCUUCGGCCGUUCUUGCGGAGAGUUCGAUCGAGAAAAUGGUCAUUAUUAUACGGCUAGGAUGAGCGGAGCACGAGGCUUCGACGUGUUCAAUAUUUAAUAUUUCCGUUGGACUUCCGCAGGUGCGGCCGCGUGCGAGAAUUGCGGACUUCUCGUCCAACGGCGCUCGCGUUGGCGGGGUUGAAAGAAAAUGGCGGAUCGAGACGCGGCCGAACUUAACGCCUCGGCGGUCUGUACAUUCUGAAUGUGAUUAUAAACAGAAGUAAUUCAAUUAAUAAUCAUUAGUAAUCGAGUAUCACGCGUCGGUAGGUUGGCACCAUUUUGCGCGGGCGGUUCGAACGAGUCCUCACUGUGCAGAGGAGAGAUUUAAAUAUCCAAAGUGAUGAGAGAAAAUAUCACUGAAUACCGAGACCGUAUAUACGUACUUGUCGAAAGAAGUGUCCACGUUCAUUGAAACUAAGGCGCACCUCCGAAAAAAAAAAAAACGAGAUGAAGUAUAAAAACGUCCUCGCCGGGUGGUGCCUCCUUUCCGAGGAUACCUACACACCGUGACUCUAGUCAGACUACACACGAGUACACGCGAGUACACACAGUAAGAAAGAAAGAAAAAAAAAGGUCACAGUACUUAUCUCUUACUCUCAGAUCUUAGCUUAGGAUAGCGAGUCCUCGUCAUAGGAAUUGAGAAAGAGUUAAUUUCUUAUCGGUAGGUAGAGCCUCGCGGGGCUGACGUCUCCUAAGAGGGAAAUAUAUAUGUAUACAUAUGUGUCCAUAUAUACGUAUACAUAUAUAUGUAUAUACAUAUGCAUUUACCGAAGCACCUGAAACCUCGGUGGCACAAUCGACUGCGCGUUCUAACGAGUUUGGCCUAAAAAAAAGUUCGUACGUUGAGGUUGACACCUAGUUCGCUUCUUGAUGCCUUGCGCUUUCACGAGGAGGGACUCGCCCCUCGGCUGGCCAGUCCCUCGUCGUUAUCUUAACCCUUUAUUACGUCGUUAUAAUCAUUGUAUUAUCAUUAUGUCGUUGCAUUACGCAGACACGUCCGACACCACCGAAAAAAUGGCUGCGCCGCUGUUCAGGUCGAACGAUACUGUCCAGCUCUCAUGCUCGUCCUAUUUCAGGGACGACGCGACUCGGGCUGCUUGGACAAUUUUUUUCUGUGUAAUUCUGUUCUUGUUUUUUUUUCCCUUAUUUAUUUGUAUUAAGUAGUUUCAACUUAGAGUGCAAUGUCGCAACUUGCAGCUCGAGUCGCGUCGUAGAGACAUGUCUGCUGGACAGGGCUGCCUCCGAAGGGAGGACUCCCUUCGGAGAGACACCUUCCAAAUGGGUCACGGAGUCGAAGUCGAGGAUAACUCCGAUCUGCCGCUCCUCUAGAAUCCACGCGGAAUGUGUUCUGUAUAAAUCCGACUCAAACGGACAGGAAUCUAUUGACAAUAAGGCCGCUCGACUUUGCCGCUCCCGCAAAGACUUCGGCCCCACGUAAUUCGGCAUGUCGGCCGCAGAGCCCGAGAUAUAAAGUAUUAAAACGAGAGGAAAAAUACGGACGAGCGAAAGAAACGACGAUGACGAUAAUUAAGGUGUAAUUGUCACCGCGACGGCGGCGAACGGGGUUGCCGGAGAUCUCGUCGUUCUUCGCCGCGUCGGCCAUCUUUGAUUUCUUCCGGAGGGGAAGGCACGCUGGUAUUAUCGAUGGUUUUACCGAUUUAUUUAGGGGAGUUGCUCGGUAGUUGUACUUCUUUUUUCUUUCUUUCUUUGCCAAUGCUAAUAACCGGCGAAUCGAGACGGAGAGAUUCGGCAAUCCUGGCGGCAAACAGAAUUUCAGCGGUGACCAAGGACGCGCUGGACCUUCGCGCCUCUUCGGAGGAGGACUCCUUGUAGAUAUUUAAUAAAUUCCUGGCCGGUGUCUCGUC